UUCUGAGCGACGCCAGCCAACCCGGAACUUUUAGCUCCACUUAUCCUCCUGAAAAGUUGCCGUGGAGUUUUCUCCUGACUUUGUGAGCAGUUCAGAUGUUCCUUUAAGAAGCUCCUGGUUCCUCCUGAAAGACAGCAACCAGUUCGUCUUUUCAAACCAGCAGCUACAGGUGGAGUCCAGAGGUGCCAACAUGCCUCAGCAGAAGGACAUCGUGAAGAUCGCCAUCCAGAUGCCUGGGGCCUACCCCCAGCUCAUCCAGCUGGAUCAGAAAAAGCCUCUGUCUGCUGUGAUAAAGGAGGUGUGUGAUGGGUGGAAUCUGCCGGGUCCUGAGAACUACGCUCUGCAGUAUACAGAUGGAGUGCAGAUGUACAUUACUGAAUCGAAUCGCCUGGACAUUAAGAACGGCUGCAUCCUGCGUCUGACCAAAGCUCCGGGUCGCUGUGCUGAGGAUUUGUUUAAAGGAAUCCAGAGCUCUGAUGCCGGCGUUCGCUGCGACUCGCUGAAGGAACUGGCCGGCGUUUCUACAGACAUGACCUUCGCUCAGGAGUUUAUCAGCCGAAACGGACACCUUCUAUUGGUCAAAAUAGUGGAGGACUCCACUGAGAGUAAUGUGAUCAUGACCCACACCCUGAAGGCUUUUAUGGAGCUCAUGUAUCAUGGGAUAGUUUCAUGGGAGAACCUCUCUACUGUCUUCAUCAAGAAGAUCGCCAGCUUUGUCAAUGCCAAGCCGACCGAUGCGUCGAUCCAGCAGGUGUCCCUGGACAUCCUGGAGAACAUGGUGCUGAGCAGCCAGAGCCUCUUCCUGCAGGUUAAGCAUGAGAUCACCAUGGAGAGGCUCAUCGCUCACCUCCAGGUGACCAAUCAGCAGAUCCAGACCAAAGCCAUGGCUCUACUGAUGGCCCUCCUACAAACAGCUGGAGACUCAGAUAAACAGGACAUGUUUGCGUUCCUGAAUAAGAAGAAUCUCCGUCAGUACAUUUAUAAGAACAUCAUCCACAGCUCUGGUUCAGUCCAAGACGAGAUGGCCCACCACCUCUACGUCCUGCAGUCGGUCACCCUGAACCACCAGGAGCUGCGCAUGAGGACGCCUCUGGACUGCUACAGCCAGGAACAGAGAGACAUCCUCCACGGUUUGCGUCAGGCAGCGUUUGAGACAGAAAGUGAGAACAGCUUGAGCAACGAGAGGCGACGUUCUCUCUGCGCCAAAGAGUUCAAGAAACUGGGUUUCUCUAACAACAGUAACCCCGGUCAGGACCUGGUCCGGACGCCUCCUGGUCUCUUAGCGUUGGACACCAUGUUUUAUUUUGCUACCCGUUAUCCAGACGCCUACAGCAGGUUUGUCCUGGAGAACAGCAGCAGAGAAGACAAACAUGAAUGUCCGUUUGCUCGGAGCAGCAUCCAGCUGACGCUCAUCCUCUGUGAAAUCCUUCGUAUCGGAGAACCUCCCUCGGAGACGGGAUCCGACUACCACCCCAUCUUCUUCAGUCAGGACCGGCUGAUGGAGGAGCUUUUCUGUGUCUGUAUUCAGCUGCUCAACAAGACCUGGAAGGAGAUGAGAGCCACUCAGGAGGACUUUGAUAAGGUGAUGCAGGUGGUUAGGGAGCAGAUCACCAGGACUCUCUCCAGUAAACCCACCUCCCUGGAGCUCUUCAAGAACAAAGUCAACGCUCUGAACUACAGCGAGAUCCUCAAACUACGGCAGACAGAACGGCUGCACCAGGAGGAGAUUCUGGCUCCCCCUGUACUGGAGCUCAAAGAGCGCCUGAAGCCGGAGCUGCUGGAGUUGAUCCGCCAGCAGAGACUCAACAGACUGUGUCAGGGAACCAUGUUCAGAAAGAUCAGCAGCCGACGGCGACAGGAUAAACUGUGGUACUGUCGCUUGUCUCCCAACCACAAAAUGCUUCACUACGGUGACGUGGAGGAAGAUUCUGACAAUCCAACGAUAGAAACACUGCAGGAGAAGAUUCCAGUAGCAGAUAUCAAGGCCCUGCUGACGGGAAAAGACUGUCCUCACAUGAAGGAGAACAAAGGCAAACAGAACAAGGAGGUGCUGGAUCUGGCGUUUAGCAUCACAUAUGACGUAGAGGAGUACAGCCUGAACUUCAUCGCCCCGUCUAGAACUGACUUCUGCCUGUGGACAGAUGGACUGAGCGUCCUCCUGGGUCGGGACAUGAGCAGCGAGACGAUGCGCAGCGAGCUGGACAUCCUCUUGUCCAUGGAGAUCAAACUCCGCCUCCUGGACCUGGAGAACGUUCCCAUCCCAGACAGCGCUCCCAGCGUUCCCAAACCUCCCAGCAACUACAACUUCUGCUACGACUUCAGCCAGACGGAGCAGUAGAGCGUGGACGUGUGAAUACGUGUGUGUGUGGCUAAAGUUUCCUCUUCUUCUCAUCCAGAAAACUAUCACAGCGUCUUCUCUUUCUUCUUCCUGCCCUCGUUCUCUUCAUCCUCGCUGACAUCCUUCCUCUCGAUGGCGUCGCUGUGGCACGGGACUGCAGGCGGAGGCAUUGCAGCGCUGCGGCAGUGGGAAGCCGAGCGAAACAUCGUGGAGAUGGGUGACGACGAGUCUUCGUCUCUGUCGGAUCCACAGCUGGAGGCUGGUGAUGCAGGAGGAAGGGAGGAGGAGAUGGAUGGCUGGAGAAGAAGAGAACGUUUAAACUACUGCAUCAAGUCCACAUCUGUUUCUUUUCUUUUAUGAGUUAUAGUGAUGUUUACCUGUAAUGAGAUGCUGGACUUGUUGGUCUUCUCUUUGACUUUAGCGAGAGCUCCUUUCAGUCCAGAAGAUCUCUCAGUCAUCUCAAGCGCUGCUCUCAGUAGUUUGGGAGUUUCUGGCCUGACAGGAGCCACCGGAACCUGAGGAGGUUCCUUAGUCUCUUCUUUAGGUUCAGGUUUCUUCCCCUUGUUAAGCAUCUUCCUGUUUUUGAGACAGCAAUAAUCACACUAACAAAUACUGCAGUAAUUCAGUACAUGCAGGCAAAACUGUUGGUGUCUGACAACUAAAAAAUAGAAACUCCCACUGCACUACUAGGAGAUGAAUACAGAGCAGAAAGUAAGAUGAUCGCUGUUGUUUAAAGAUAAUGAGAAUCAAUAUUAUGUGACUCCAUUCAUGUUGAACCUGGCUUUCUUGCGGAGCAGUUUCUUGGACUCGGGGUAGUGCACCAGGAUUUCAUUCAAGUCCUUUUUAUCCAGGAUGAAUAGAUUGGCGAAACCGUGAGCGAUCACAUUGGCUGUGCGCCUGUUGCCUCCACCGACUGCGAGCAAACUGCCAAUAAACAAUAAUUAUGGUUAAAAAUAGCAUUUUAUACCACAUUUUUGACAUUCAGAGUUUCUCUCUGCUGAUUACACAUGUAAAAACUCAUUUCUGUCUAUCAAAAUAACAUAUUCAGAGGUUUUUAUAUCAAAUUGGAUUGUUUCCAUAAGAUAGUCAUUAAUGAAACCCUGCAAGCCUGAAUCUGUAUUUAUAGCAUUUAUAAUUCUUGCUCAUAUCUCUUCCAGCAUCUAAAAAAACCACCAUAUGCACAUGUGAACAAGGUAGGAAGGCAUCAGUCCUUUGGCAUACAUCCAUAUGAUUAAUACAUAACUGUGAUGGACACUUGCCUGCAUGAUUUUACUUUUUGGAGGAUUUCUAUAACAGAAGGAGCAGAGUUUUUUAAUGUUCCACUAAAUUAUGUGUUGGAACUUGAAACAAAAUGCAGGUAUAUCAACUGUCAGUCAACAGUGGUAUUGUUUAUUCAGAAGACACAAUGUGUAAGAGCAAACUAACUGCUUCACUGCAUCAGGUUGUCCUCCAAGGUUUACAAAUACUUUUCUGCAUUCAUUUUACUCCCUAGCUUUACAAGCCUUCCAUUGCCUGCUGCUGAGAAUCCUCGUGACAUGAUGAUGGCGCCACCACCAUGCUUCACAGUGAUGCUGUGUUUGUGAAGGUUAGGGUUAGAUGUUUGGUGUCCACCACAUCUAUUCUAAUGGCCAAAAAGUUCAAUUUCAGUUUCAUUUGACCAAAGAACCCUCUUCUUGUUGUGAAUACUUCUAUAGGAACUGGAUAUCCGUUACAUGAACCGUAUGAAUGGGCUAAAGUUUCAAGAUUGAUAAAGAGAUACUGUUCUACUGUGAAAACUCUGUUGUUUAGUUUUAAGGCACAUUUUCAGGGACAUUUUCUUCGUUCCACCCCAGCUCUUUACCUGAUCUCUCCAAACACUGAUCCUGCUCUGAGCGUAACAAACACCGUCUUCCCAUCCGGCCCUCCAACCACCUGCACUUCCCCCGCCUUUAUUAUGUACAUCUCCCGACCGACCUCACCCUGAGCAAUAUGAAAACCAGAGUAGAUGAGGGGAGACAGAGAGCAAACCAACAAUAACAUUAGCAGCAGAAAAGGGUUAGGGUUAGGUUCUGUAAGUAGCAGAAACUUUGCUGCAUAUGGAUGCCUCAUACAAACAAAUGUACCUUUUUGCAGACAUAAUCUCCUGGCAGAUAAACAACAGAGCGUAGGCUUUUCAGCAUGUCAAAAAUCAUCUGUCUGUCACAACCCUGUCAAAAGGGAAGACAAAAAAUAAAGGGGAAAAAAAUGUCUUUUUGAACUACA